CAGACGAGGAGCAGGAUGCUCGGCGUGGAGAUGUACCCCGGACUGAACCUCAGACCACAAAGACUCAACGAGUGUUUCUACAGAGACCGGGAUGCUCCUCCCACCAUGCCACUCUUCCCAUCUUCCUGUGAGGCAGUGGCCAAAGCCCUGCCCCCAAGGCUGCUGGCCCCUCCUGUCCCUCGCGAGGCCACAACCAAAACCCACAGUGAAGUGAAGAUGGAACUGGAGAAUUCUUCGUUAUGGAAACAGUUCUGUUCAGUCGGCACAGAGAUGAUCAUCACAAAGAAGGGCAGACGGAUGUUUCCUGGGUUGAGGUUGAAGGUUUCAGGACUGAACAUAUCUCUCCGUUACAUCCUCCUCCUGGAUAUCGUCCCAGCAGAUAACUCACGCUAUCGAUUCCAGUAUGGUGUCUGGCAGGCCAUAGGAGGGGCAGAGGCGAGGCUUCCAGACCGGGUGUUCAUCCACCCGGACUCCCCCGCCACGGGUGCUCACUGGCAGAGCCGCACCAUCUCUUUCCACUAUGCCAAGCUCACCAACAACACGCUGGACUCACACGGACACAUCAUUUUGCUCCUGCACCGCUACCAACCCAGAAUUCAUGUUAUUGAUGCGAGAGACGUGAUGAGGUGGGGCGGAGGUCAGCACACCUUUAUUUUUCCUGAGACCCAGUUUGUCACCGUCACAGCCUACCAGAACAGCAAGAUUACAGAGCUGAAGAUCAACUCUAACCCCUUUGCUAAAGGCUUCAGAGAGAAUGGCAUGAACAGCAAAAGGCAAAGAGAUGCACGACAGAAACGCAAAAUUUCUGUUCUGACAGAAACCUUGGAUAUCGUGACCUGUGACCCAUUGGACUCUGCUGAGGUACUGCCUGAGGCCACUGUCAACACCAACAACAGUGACCUCCUCGCCCUGACCUCACUGCCUGACCCCACCUGUGGCUACAGACCAGACGACGCCUGCUACCGGGAUGGUCUGAUCCCAGAGCCGACAGUAGACCUUAACCAGCCGUUUAUCUCAUCCCAAAUGCCCGACAUCACCAUGACCAUAGCCAGUGAAAUGCAGGAGACACCUGGAAAUCAGGCAGCAAAUAACGGUGUAAUUGAAAGAUCAGAUAGUUUGGGUGAGCCAGAUUAUGCCUCCAACUAUCCUGCUGCUCAGGUCAGCUCCCUCUUUCCCUCAGCUCCUCUUCCUCAGCCGUCAUCCUCCUUCUCCUCCCUCUCUGUCCCCAAUCUUCCGGACACGUCUGAUCCUCGGCCUGCUGCCGAGCUCCAGCCUCCCUCUGACUCCAGCUUUCCCUCCAUCCCUCCCAUGAACUGUCCUAUUCUGUCAUCCUCUCCCACUUCCUCCUCACUGCAGCAGACCUCCUUCACCUACCCAACUCCACCCCCUUCCAACUCCUCCUCGCCACAGCCGCUCCUCACUAUCGCCCGACAUCCAAUCCCGGUGGUCGCUCCUCAUACGCCCACCGACGACUCCUCUCUUCCUGCUCCGCCUACCACGUGUCAGUCGGGCCUGCUGGGUCAAAUGUCAGCCAGGACUCUGCAAAGUGACCCUGUAAAUGCUCCUCCGUUUACCGCUCAGUCAGCCCCCAACCUGAACCCAGCAGCUGUCCAUCCCUCUGCCCUCACUCUGUCGUGCUCCCUACCUCCUCACGGAGCUCCCACUUCUCUUUCCUUCCCCUCUGUUCCUCCCCACGUGCAGAAUCUGACGUUUCCAAAUGUGUCUCUCAGCUCUGCCCAUCCUCCUCUCCACCUCCCAAAUUUCAGCCAAACUCAAGCUCCAUCCCUUUCUGCUGCCUUUCCUUCCUCCUCCUUCACUCAUCCCUCAUCCUCCCUUCCUCACCCCCCUUUCCAGCCCUCCUCUUGCAUGGCUGCCUCCUCCUCUGCUUCACUGCCACAGAUGGCCCAUUCUCAGCACUCCUCAGCUCCUCCUGUCGAAAUAGGAGUCAUCUCCCAGUUCAACUCAGCUGCCCCCUAUCGACCAGAGAUGGCACUGCACCACCUGCCUCUUCCACAGCUGGAUCCAUCUCUUCCUGCACCUUCACCUCUCUACUCCCCUUUUCCUUCCUCUACACCUUGUAAGGACCCUCACUCGCCCCUCUCCGUCCCACUCCAGCACAUCUACAAACAGCACCAGCAUGCCCACGCCCAUCCUCAGGGACCUGCCUGGAUUUGAGCACAAGAGCAAGAUUUUAAAAAUAUUGGCAUGUUGUUCCUCACUCAUAAUGAAGAUACUAAUGAUGUAACUGUUGUGUGAUCCGGAAUGAUUUUAAUUUACUGGCCAUCUUAACGAUGCUUUUAGAGGCAUUAAUAAUGAAUACUUUGAAUAACCCGUUAUAUUUUCUUUUUUCCCCCCUACCAGAAUGAGUGAUC